AUGAACAGAAUAGAAACUAAAAUAAUUGGGAAUAAAGUUGUGUUUCCCAACGGAAAUCUGUAUCAGGAAAAGGUUACCACGCCUAGAGCUGAAGAUCUACUCUAUGUGGACGAGGCAGAAGAGGAAAAGUUAGAGGCGGUGACAAGUGAUCCUAUCUAUGAGGGUGGCAAUGUCUUCAAAACGGUGGCAACAAAGGCGAGUACCUAUGCAGAGGUCAGACAGUUUUACAAAAAAGUUAUGAGUGACCCGAACUCAGCCAACGCGCACCAUUUCGUCCUAGCAUACCGGAUACAAGAUGCACAAGGGAACAUCCGCGAUGGAUACUGCGAUGACGGAGAAUACGGCGCAGGUAGGAGAGUGGUCCGACUUUUAGGAGAUCAGAGUGCCACUAAGGCCGCAUUCGUUAUUUCAUCAUAUCGGGCCAAGGCGCUUCGAUAUCAUAUGCGAUGCCGUGCUCAAUGCUGCCAAUAA